AUGAGUCAUAGAGUUCAAUUGCUUCUGGGAGCAUACCAUAUGACAUUUCCUUUGAAAAGUGUUGACAAAACGAUUGAGAUGAAAUCUGUUCCAUACGUAUGUUAUGGCAAUUGUUUGUACAUUGAGUCAAAAAUAGCUAAUGUCACAGGUAUUUCAGGAGUUAAUAGUAAAGGUUCAGUAGAAUAUAAGUCUUUCUGUUAUGAAGUAAAUUCAAUGUUCAUUCCAAACGUUCCUGUCAUAGCAACUCAUUUAGGUAAAUGGGUUCGCAUUAGUCCUCAUAAUUUGAAAGACAUGCAAUUCAGACUUGUUGACUUUCAAGGAGAGCCUGUAGAACUGAAGGCACCAGUGCGAAUGACUGUUGAAGUUGAUUUUUUAGAAAAUAUUAAAUGCGACGGCUUACAAGAGAACUCAGAGCUAAAAAUAUAA